GAGAGAGAGAGAGAGAGAGAGAGAAGUGAGUCACUUCCAAUUAGCCUUUCAGAACGGAGUUUCUUUGUGAGAGACACGAACGACGGGACCUUCGCGUUUCCAAGAGCAGAGAGGAGUCAGAUUUCAACCCGACUGGCACAGAGAUGCAGACGAGCGCAGAGCAACAAGCGGCAUUCACCCUCAGCACCCCCCAGGCGCGUCUCGGAGACCUAACCCGCGCUUGACUCUUCUAUUUCACUGUGAGGAACGUAUUUCUUGUCCUUUGUUUUGACAGCACGCUGCUGCUGUUCAGAAAGAAACAACGUUUGCUGAUACCUGCAUUGUGAAACGCCGAGGGGGCUUCAUUGCUGGCAGGGGCGCUGACACAACGCGGCUCACAGAACAGAGCGGGCUGUUUUUUGUCAUACAGCUGGACUGGAGAGAUCGUUUUUGCAGUAUUGCAAAACCCUCCUGUUCCCACAGUAAUAAAAAACCCCUUUGCGUGUCAGAAGAUGCACUCAACAUGCCCUUUCCACUAGAACUAUUUGCCAUAAGACCCUGCCAAGCUUUUUUUUUAUGACGGAACAUGCUUAAUUUCCUUUUACUCCACUUAAGAAAAACAAACAAAAAAUAUCUUGAGAGCAGCCCAUUGAAAAAGUGGCGGGAGAAGAUAAAUUACGACCACUUUCUACGUUAAACCUCAUGUGAAUUUUUAAAAAAUACCUCCCCCGUAUUCCUGCGGUUUUCUGCGGAGCGAUGGUCCUGCUUUUGGAAACCGCUCCUCCUGGGAUCCUCUCCAACUGUUCCAACUGCACUCAGACUGCGGGUGCGGGGGUGGACCUCACGAAGGCUCUGACCCUGGGGCUGAUUCUAGGGGUCUUCAUCAUGUUCGGGAUCCUGGGGAACAUCUUGGUCAUCCUGUCGGUGGUCUGCCACCGCCACCUGCAGACGGUCACUCACUACUUCAUCGUGAACCUGGCGGUGGCCGACCUACUGCUCAGCUCCGUUGUGCUGCCCUUCUCUGCCACCUUCGAGAUCCUGGGCCGCUGGGUCUUCGGCAGGAUCUUCUGCAACAUCUGGGCAGCGGUGGACGUGCUGUGCAGCACCGCCUCCAUCAUGAGCCUGUGCGUGAUCUCCGUGGACCGCUACGUGGGGGUCAGCUACCCGCUGCGCUACCCCACCAUCAUGACGGAGCGUCGCGGGCUCCUGGUGCUGCUGGGGCUCUGGGCUCUGUCCAUCACCAUCUCCAUCGGGCCCCUCUUCGGAUGGAAGGAGCCAGAGCCGGAGGACGAGAGCGUGUGUAAGAUCACGGAGGAGCCCGGCUACGCCAUCUUCUCUGCGUUCGGCUCCUUCUACGUGCCGCUCAUCGUCAUCCUGGUGAUGUACUGCCGGGUGUACGUGGUGGCCAAGCGGGAGACGCGCGUGCUGUGGUCCGGGGUGAAGACGGAGAGAGCGGGCUGCGCGGUAGAGGAGGUGACCCUGCGCAUCCACCGGGGGAACACUGUCACCCCCCCCAGCGACGAGGCCCUGAAGAGCCGCACCCACUUCUCCAUCCGCCUGCUCAAGUUCUCGCACCAGAAGAAGGCCGCCAAGACCCUGGGCAUCGUGAUGGGCUGCUUCAUCCUCUGCUGGCUACCUUUCUUCAUCGUACUGCCCAUUGGGUCUAUUUUCCCUGCUUACCGCCCCUCGGAGACCGUCUUCAAAAUCACGUUCUGGCUCGGAUACUUCAACAGCUGCAUCAACCCCAUCAUCUACCCUUGCUCCAGCCAGGAGUUCAAGAAGGCCUUCCAGAACGUGCUGAACGGGGGUCCGGGCCCCAAGACACCCCCGCUGGGGCUCCCGGAGGGACACAGGGACUCCAGGCCAGUGUCCUGCCAGCUGUCCCAGGGAGGGGGCAGCGCGGAGUGGAAGGGGUUCCCGGGGCUGGGGCUGGGGGAUCGUUCGUGCUGCGGGGCCACGGCCGCCUGCGUGCACAGUAAGAGCCUGCUGCAAGCUUGCUGCUGCGUUGCCACGGAAACCACACCCCCGCCACUCAGGCUGAGCCCCCUGCCUGUCAUCAAGGUGCACAAGCUUUCGCUGUGCGAGAAUGGGGAGGCUGUGUAACCACAGCGACCAGGGAUCCUGGACCUAGCCCUGACUCAGCGCACUCUGAACUACAAGAUCCUGGAACAAAGAAGGAACUGGAGACCUUCCCAGAGCCGCUUCUCAAUGGGACUGGUGUGCUCAUCAGACCCCUGGUGUUACUCAAGCAAACUGAGGGGGAAAGAAAGCAUUUCCAGAGUCUGCAGUUCACUGAAUACUGUGGGACAGGACUCUCUUGUAAGUGAGGAUUUCUGUACAGCACUGGCCCCGGUCCUCUCCAGAGUGGGCGUGGCUCAUCCGUCUCCUAACUCCUCCCACAGCUAGCUGAGCUCACAGUUCUGACUGUGUUCUAGAAUUCCUGUUAUGAUGUCACUGCUUUGCACACGGGAAUGGGAAGCACAGCAUUGAAGCCCAGGCAGACAGAACUAUGAGCAACACCAAAUGCCUUCCUUUAGAAAAGUGUCCCUCAAUAAAAGCAUUGCACAGUAUUGUAGACAAGCACGGUAAAGAUAGAUACAGCCCAGUGAGGUAUGGUAAAGCAUACUGCAUAAGCGUGGCAAACCAUGGUAAAGGCACAGUGUAACUAGUAUGCAAACUGACUGCGGUAACUGAUUUGUAAGUGUUAUCUUGAAGCCUAUGCAAAGACGAAUGCAAAUCUUAUGAGAGGAAUGUGAACAUGUCUAACUGCUGAAGCAGCAGAGCUGCAGGGAGGAAGGAGGGGGCAGUGGGGUUUUUUUGUUCCGAGUCAGUAUUUUAUUUCUCUCUUGCUUCUAAGAGCUCCGAGGCUGCCCCUGUGUGCAGUAAUUCAUGUUUUAUUGUGAUGUGCACUGACAGUUUGAAUAUUCACACAGACAAUACAACUCAAAGCCGAUGCUAAACGGAAAAAAAAAAAAAAACACUUUGUGUCCUUGCACAGGGUUUAUUUUAGUCAAAGACAUGAAUGUAAAAAUGUGACCUUGGAUUCCUUGGCAGUUUGUUCAGGAUGGGGGCUGGGAUGUGGGGAUGGAUGUGUGGAGUGUGCACACAGCUCUGAAAGUCUUGUUUGAUGUUAAGUUCUACUUCUCUAUGUUGGUCGUGCCAUUUCAACAGCUGCUCUUCCAUUCAUACAGAGCGAUUCCUCACAUUGUAAAUCACUUACUGCGUGAGAGCUCAGCCAGUCACUGGAAAGGAUUUCAUCUGCUCUUGUGUAUAGGUGACACCAUCCUGAAGUUUGAAAAACAAUAGCAGAGUACAGCCUUUGUAUUUCUUUGUAUGUUGAUCAUUUUGCACAGUUUGAGCUCAGCCUUGCUUUGUAUUCCUCUCGUUCAAAUUGCACAAGACGACAUCGCUUUCAACUGUGAGACACGCCCUGCACUCAAUGAAUAAUAUACCUGUCAAAAUGGCUGGGAUUUGAAAAUGAAUCCAAUCUUUUCCUUUUCAUAAUCAGACUGGAUUCAAAAUGAAUGCCCAAAGGAUUAUUUUUCUCAUGGAUUGGGAAUGUAGAAGAAGGAUUUAUUUCUGAUGCAAAUAUGGGACUUUAUCGUCUGUCUCCCUUUGAAGCCCUGACUCCACAAAUGUGGAUUUCAAAUUAUGUGUUCAAUGUAUCAAAUGACCCUUGAGUAUAAUGUUAAAAGAGAAGUUUAAAAUCAAUUUAUUCAGCCUAUAUAUUUUGAUAAUGUUUCAGAAAACGUUGGUACUGAAGUGGACAGAUGUUUUCACCUUCUAUAACAUACUAUAAAAUAAAAUAUCUGUGUGCUGUACGGGCUGUCCUGCACCCCCAGUUCCCACUCCCAGUGCUCCCAGUCUGGGAAAGCAGCUGUCAGAGUGACGCUCCCAGUGAUCUGGGCACGUCAGGCAAUGGUUUCCAGUUUAAAUGUUGUACUACCUGUGUGUUUUUAUGUCAUGUGUUUGAGUAAAACAAGAAGAUAUUUUAAGAGCCUGAGUCUGUGUCCCACGCCCCAGUUUUAACAGGCAGGGAUACAGCUCAAUAUAAUGAAGGGUAGACCUGGACAGUGCCUGUCACACAAUGAAACCUCUGCUCAAGCUCUGGAAAGGCAAAGAGAUAAAAAAUUCAAAGAAAACGCUGAACAUUCACUAAAGUGCAGCCAACCUGCAUCUGGCUGAAAGGAGAAAGUGGGCAGCGAUCCCACCCUGCUGACUUUACCUCCAUCAGACUCCACGCUUUAUUCAUAGAGUCGCGUUUGUCAUUCCAGAGAGCUAUAGAUAGUCUGUGGGAUAAACACAAAGCAUGCAGCUCCAGUCAUUAUCUCUGAAAGACGUUGCACUCUAUACCACUCUCAUGCAAACAUCAUGAAGCAGCUAAUUGAUAAAGUGCUCUCUCAUUCCAUCUCAUUAGCCAGAGCACACUGACACACUCACACUGACACACGCACAAGUUAAAUGAAAUGAAUUGUGAGAUUUUUGUGCAAUGCUGGUAUGAAGGAAAGCCUCCAGGCCGAUUCCCAGCCAGUCCCAUUGGAGAGCCGCUCAGUCCAGCCUCAUGCUGCCCCUCCCUGGAUGCCUCUUGAGUUGCCUUCUAAAUCUAUAGUGUGGUCUGUGCAAAAUCCCCCAUAUUAUACAUGCAUUCUCAUGAUUUUAAAAGCUUUGGCUAUGCAAGAUGCGCUUUACAAACAGAAAGCUACCCCCCCCACCCCCCAAACAGAAACUCGACCCUGGCUCACAAAGGUUAAUCCCAGGAUGCCACUCUGUGCUAGGCCGAGACGCAGUUUUUGAGGAAAAAUUUCCAGGAUUGCAUUCUGAUUGCUAGGUGGUUGUUAUGUUUGUUUUUUAAUAGGGUUAUAAAGUUAUACUGCCGUGCAGAUAAGUGAUUAAACUGACCUAAACCCC